AUGCCUCCGGCAGUAAGCACAGGAGAACAGUUUAAACUUUCCAAUUUACCCACUGACAGCGUAAGUGCGGUUCAUUUCCAACCUGGCAGGGGAUCGCAGUUGUUGCUUGCUUCGAGUUGGGAUUGCAACGUGCGUCUUUAUGAUGUGACAUCUGGGAGUCUUCGCUCUUCCUAUGAGCAUGGUUGUCCAGUUCUGGCCUCAAAUUUUACUGAUGCACUUCAUACAAUUUCUGGAUCUCUUGAGGGCGCUGUCAAGUACUACGAUAUCAACACGUCUCAGUCCAUCACAUUGGGUAAGUGCAAUCGAGCAGUUAGUGUGGCAGUGUACAGCAAUGCAAUUAGUGCACCACUUACUGGAUCCUGGGAUCGAACAGUACGCGUGUGGGAUCCCAGAGCUGGGGAGGGGUCAGGCGCAGUCUCAGUUCAUCAGCAACCAGACAGCGUCUACACAAUGGAUGCAGUCAACACAACACUCGUAGUAGGCACGGCGGGCCGUCAUGUCAUUCUCUGGGAUCUUCGAAACAUGUCCCAGCCCAUCGAACAGCAGGAGUCCACUCUCCGCUACCAAACUCGCGUUAUUCGGUGCUUCCCCAGCGGUCAGGGCUUCGUUAUGGGCUCUAUUGAAGGCCGCGUUGCUGUUCGCAUGUUUGAUCAGAGCCAGGAAUCUCAGAAGAAUUCCUACGUCUUCAAAUGCCAUAGACGUAAAGAGGAUCACAGAGAAAUUAUAUAUCCUGUGAAUGCGGUUUCCUUCCAUCCAAAAUAUAACACUUUCGCUACAGGUGGAUCUGACGGAAUGGUUAACACAUGGGAUGGCUUUAACCGCAAGUGGUUGGCACAAUUUGAGAAGUAUCCAACCACUGUGAGCAGCUUAGACUUUAAUGAGGAGGGAACACAGUUGGCUGUAGCUGUUUCCUACUUGUUUGAGAAUGGUGAACAGCCUGAUGUACCAUCACCGGCUAUUUACAUUCGAACAGUGUCUGAUGCUGAGGUUCGACGCAAAAUGUCUGUUAUCAGUGGAGCUUCCGCGACAAUCUCUGCAGCAACAACUGUUCAACCCCCUCGCUAUUGA